CCGAUGUGGCUACGAGUACCUGGUUGUGUUAUGGUUAUGUUAUGGUAUACGGUAAUGCGGGAGUAGUCACAGUCACUUUUAACGUUGAUCUUGUUGUCGUCCCUAUCAAUCAGCGUGACUCAGUACUGACCCGCAUCUCGCUCGCCGCAUCUCUCUCAAUGUCAUCUCCGUCAUCUCAUCCCAAUGAUCGAUAACGAUUCACUGAUCCUAGGCCUACAACCACCACAGCCCCAGCGCCCAUCUGACUCAUCCAUGCAAAGUUCUGAAUCGGGUGCUCAUUCAAUGACAGACCCUCAGGUCCACGUCCACGUCCACACUGACACUGUCGACAUACCGCGUACAACCGGCAACACAAGUCACAACCGCCACUGCAGCUAAAUCCAGCCUCGAAGCACUCGGUAUCCCCAAGAUCCACGGUUCUAGAUCGCAAGUUCAAACCAUCGC